AAAUAUAAUAAAAAGGAAAACAUUUUGGGAGCAAACAAAAAUUUCCCACAAACUGAGGGGUGCUCUCUCUCAGUUUUCGCUCCCUGCUUCUCUGUGUCUUCCAAAAAUUUUCACUUUCUCUUCCCCGCGCUCUUUCCCCCCCUUCUCUUUCCCUCCAUGUGACUAUCCUCUUUCUAAAACUGAUAAAUAAUCACAUCCUAUUAUCCCAAGUAAGUGAACCCUUUCCUUUUUCUCUUCCAUGCCUUCCAUGUCUAUUUUCUAGGGUUUUUCGUUUCUCAUUUUUUUGUUCUGUUUACUCAAUUGGACUUAUUUUGAGACGCUUUUACCUGCAUGCCAUGCCAGGCCAUUCCAUUUUGAGUUUCAAUGUUUCAGGUAUCACACAUUAUUGUUCUGGGUCAGUGAGAUUGUUGCUUGCAGUUGUGGGAUGAGGUGAAGGGCCAGCAUUUUGUGUCACUGUGAAGAUAUUUGAUGAGAGUUGGACUCUGGUGAGACAAGGGAAGAAAAGUUGCCAUCUCAUUGGGUAUUAUUGGGUUUCAACUGUCAGUGGAAUGCAAUAAAGAGGAGGCCAUUAGAGCAAAAGAAAUUGCGGAAAAGAAAAUGCAAAAUGGGGAUUUUGUUGGGGCACGCCGGAUUGCACUGAAAGCACGGCAACUCUAUCGUGACCUUGAUAAUAUUUCUCAAUUAUUAAUGGUUUGUGAGGUUCAUUUUUCUGCACAAAACAAACUAAAUGGAUCAGAAAUGGAUUGGUAUGGAGUUCUCCAGAUUGAGCAGUUUUCAGAUGAGUCUGUUGUCAGGAAGCAAUUCAGAAAGCUUGCUCUCUCUCUUCAUCCUGACAAGAAUAAGUUUGCAGGUGCAGAGGCUGCUUUCAAGCUGAUUGGUGAAGCAAAUAGGGUGCUUACAGACCCAACCAAACUUUCGUUGUAUGACAUGAAGUGCAGAGGUUCACUGAGAUCUGUUGCACCAAAGUCAGCAACUGAUCAGUCAAAUAAAAACUCUUAUGCCAAGAAGCAGCAUGGUGCUGCAAACAAGUUCGCUAAUACGCCUCAUUCGCAGUACAUGAGUUCACAUACUUAUCAGCAGCCACAACAGACAACAUUCUGGACACACUGUCCCUCUUGCACCGUGAAGUACCAAUACUACAGAGAAUUUCUAAAUAAAAUGUUACGGUGUCAAAAUUGUCAGCAGCCUUUUAUUGCUAAUGAUUUGGGUACAUCACCUGGAUCUUCCUGGAGUCAGUUCCUCAAUGAGAAAAGAGUUCCAAAUCAAGGUCCUUCUAAAGUUGCACCAGAAAAUAAUGCAGGGAAGCCAUCUGGUAUGAGCUUUCUGCAUGGGUUUUCAGGGUCAGAACUGAUGCCUAAGGUAGGAAGAGCUGCAGAUGUUUGUGGUAGUUCUAAACCGAAAGAGUCAAAGGCAGAAAAUGCUGCUGGAAUCAGUGAGGGUUCUAAACCACAUGAGAAAUUGAAUGGGCAUGUGGAUGUGGAAGCUGGGAUAGGAGGUGUGCCAGUGUCGAAGCCAGAUGCAACAAAAUCUAAGGUGCCAGGAAGUAUUGCAAGUAGCAAGAGACGGAGGAAGUCAGUAGCAGAAUCCAGUAAGAAUUUUGACAAAAGCAGCAAUGGUGGCACUGAAGAAAACAUCGUUGUUGACGAAAAUGAUGGUGAUCUUUCUGCACAGAAUUCUAGACCCAGUGACAGCCAUCCAUCUAGGAGAUCUUCAAGGCAAAAGCAGCACAUUUCUUACAAGGAAAAUUUGAGGGAUGAUGAUUUUGUUGCCCCUCUUCCAAAAAGAUCUAGGGGUGGCAGUUCAUCUGGUGUGGAUGAUGGGGAGAUAAAAGCAAGUGCAGAUGGUGGAGUACCAAGAGAUAUUCCAGCUGGUUUUGCUGCUGCUGUGUUGAAUAGAAACAACAAAGUGGUCAAACAAAAAGCAAGUUCCAGUCUCGAAGAAAGAUCAUCGAACAAGAAAAGCAAAACUGGAGAUUUUGACGCUACAGUAGAUGAAGCGUCCAUGUCAGAGAAGGCUGGUACAAAGUUGGAGAACGGUGAUGAAAAUCCGAAAAUUGACACAUCAAAGUUAAAUUCAGAUGAAGCACCAAAAUCAGAGAUCUUUGAAUAUCCUGAUCCAGAUUUCAGUAACUUUGAGAAAGAUAGGGCAGAGAGCUCUUUUGCUGUUAAUCAAGUAUGGGCUAUUUAUGACUCAGUUGAUGGCCUGCCCAGAUUUUAUGCUCGGGUCAAGAAAGUGCUCACACCUGGGUUCAAGCUGCAGAUAACUUGGCUAGAGGCAAUCUCACAUAACAAAGCUGAGCAACAAUGGCAUGAUGAGGAUUUGCCUGUUGGUUGUGGUAGGUAUGAAAAUGGAAACACUGAAACUGUAGAUUGUCAAAUGUUCUCUCACCAAAUGCAUUGCAUGAAUGCUGCCCGCAAAGGCACUUACUUGAUAUAUCCUAAGAAGGGGGAAGUAUGGGCACUCUUUAAGGAUUGGGACAUUAAAUGGAGUUCUGAACCAGAAAAGCAUAGGCCACCGUACCAAUUUGAAUUUGUGGAAGUUGUGACGGAUUUUAGGGAGGAUGUUGGCAUUGGGGUUGCUUAUUUGGGUAAAGUGAAGGGAUUUGUUAGUAUUUAUCAGCAAGUUGACUGUAAUGGUGUUCUAUCAUUUUGCAUACGACCAAGUGAACUGUAUAGAUUUUCCCACCGAAUUCCUUCAUUCAGAAUGACUGGUCAGGAAGGAGAAGGUGCCCCUGCAGGGUCUUUUGAACUUGAUACUGCUGCACUGCCUAGUAAUCUUUACAACCUCGUUGAACUUGGUGAUGUGAAGGUUGGAAAGGAGAAGCUGGAUGCUGAAGCGGAACCUAUAAAGCGCUCUGAGAAGGUUUGCACUCCUAAGAAUCUCAAGAGUGGUCCUGAAAAAGGAACUUCAAGACAUGCAAGAUCUGCAGGAGAAUCAACUGGGACAUGUAGGGAUGACAGUCAUAUUGAUGCAGGUCAACGGGCAAAAGAUGAGGAUGGUAACAAAGUUGCUAGUCAUGGCAAGCUAACUCAACCUGAAGGAAUCCGUACUUCUUCUCAGGAUACUGAGAGGAGCGCAACCCAUAAGAAAUUGGAGAAGGUAAAAUUUACAGCAGGGGCCUGGACACCUAGAAGAUCUCCUAGAGAUUUAAGCAAGGGAAGUACUCCAGUAAAUGCAAGUCAGUCUACAGCAGAAGACGCUGACAAGCAUAAUUCAACAAACAAAGAUGGAAGACACGGGCAACCAGGUGCUUCCUCAUGUCAGCCUGAUAAUAAAAUGCAUUUCCAUGUGAAGAAUGGAAGUUUAGUCAGUCCCACGAAAGGUCAGGAGUCUUCAGGUUGUAAGGUUAUAGAAGUAGAGCACUAUGAUUUCAAGAGCGAAAAGUCCAAGGAUAAAUUUCAACCGGACCAGGUAUGGGCACUGCACAGUGAUAAGGAUGGUUUACCCAGGGAUUAUGCUCAGGUUAAGAAGAUUGAAUCCACUAAUGGGUUCAAAUUGCAUGUGGCAAUGCUUGAAGCCUGCCCACUCCAAAAAGACAUGCCGACUGUUUGCGGGACAUUUAAAGUUAAAAAUAAAUGCAUAGUGCUUCCUGUCACUGCAUUUUCUCAUCAGGUGAAAGCGAAGCCAAUUGGGAAGAACAAAUGCGAAAUUUACCCUAGACAAGGGGAGAUUUGGGCAAUAUAUAAGAUCUGGAAUGCUGAAUUAACGUUUUCAGACCAGGAUGCAAGGGAAUGCGACUUUGUUGAAGUGGUAGAAGAAAAUGAGGGGGGUGUGAAAGCUGUAGUUUUGAUACCCGUUAAUGGAUCUGCAUCAUUUUACACGGCACCAAGAAGAUCAAAACGCAGUAUAAUUGACAUGCCACGGGCUGAGUUUGGUAGAUUUUCUCAUCAGUGUUUAGCUUCCCAGGUUGUGGGAAAGAACAAUAGUUUCCUGAAAGGCUAUUGGGAGCUUGCUCCUUCAUCAAUUCCUGGUUCUGUAAUUUUGGUAGAUUAAGCGGUCAUAUUGUAGGUAGGUUGCUUACUGAUCUUUGUGGAAUGCUAUGAAAUUGUUCCCUGUUAUAAGCGGAAUGAAGUUUGUAGAAACUUUGGCAAUAUGGGUUUUUCUUCUCAACCAUUGAUUUUUUUUUUUUUAAAUCUAUUUUUAUUUGAUCUUUAGAAUUUAAUUAUGUUAACAUUAUCUCAUUUGGUAAAAUAAGCAUUUAUUUCUUAUGAUAGAA